GUUUGACUCUGCAGCAUCGAAAGGGCAAGGAAAUUCAGCGGCUCUUGACGAUCUGCAGGUUAUAUCACGUCUGAAAGAAGUGGAAGAAGGAACGAAGAAGCGUGACUAGGCUGGAGCGAGAAGACCGGGCACGGUUUUGAGAUCUAGGACCCGUCCUGAUCAGGCUGAACCCCUCUCUCCCCCAGACAACGGUAUUCACAAUCCAUUUCUACCCAACUCCUCUUUCCUUUUAUCGAUCUACCCGUUAUCCACUAGCUCCCUCCAUUUUCCAAGCCUCAAAAGACAAGAAAGCCUACAACGGCAAAGGCAAGGGGGAGAAAGAAAAGAGAGUGAGGGAGGAAGGGACAUAGGAGACCGAGAAGCGCAGCACAAUGUCCCACACAGCCCUCCUUCCGCACCGGCGCACGCACAACCUCCUCCUCAUCUCCAAGCUGCUGUCGCAGCAGCACGCGCAGACCUCGCCGUUCACGCUGGUGCUCGACACGCUCGAGCAGCCCGCGCGGCCGCUGACGCGCGAGUACCUCCGGCGGGCGCGGCUGUCGAGGCGGGCGGGAAUGACCGGGGGCGGUGGGGGCGUUGUGGUGGUGGUCUUGGGGUUUGAGACGUUCGCGAAGCCCGUCGGCGCGGACUACUUCGUGCCUUGUUACCGGUAUUGUGAGGACGGAGGGGGGCAGGCGCGGCUACAGGGGCAUGGCAGGGGGUUGGGAGUGGGAGAGAAGAUCGCGAGGGAGGUGGGCGAUGUUCUUCGGCGGAGUGGAGGGAAAAGGUUUUUGAUCAUGAUUGACUCCCUGACAACACUGGCAUCCCUCUCCAUCCAGCCGACGUCGAAUCUCAACCUGACCGCAUUGCUCUCCUCUCUACUCCAGCCACCGGCGCUUCAGACGAAAGGUGCGGACCAAGGAGAGAGCCCGCAGAUCUCAUUAGUCGCGGUGUAUCACACCGACGUCCCCUUACCAUCUCCGCCUCCCUCGCCACUCUCAUCGGCGGCGCUGUCAACAUCGUACUCGCCGUCACCACUCUCACUCCUGUCAUACCUCGCCACCACCGUCAUAACGGUGCAUUCGCUCCCAAUCCUCCUCGCCGAAAAGUCUGCGCAGUCAAAAUCCCUCGCUGCGCCAUCGUUUGGCCUCCCAGAAGAAACUGAGGGCGUGGUUAUAGGUCUCAAGCCGAAGCCUCUGACGAAAUUGAAUCAGGACGAGCGCGGUCUUGUGUUGGAAUUGGAGCAUCGCAGGAGAAGUGGCCGGGGAGUCAGGGAGUGGUUCUUCUUGCCUACGUCUGGAAACGCGGCGAAGAAGGGCGAAGGCCAGCCGUUUCGGGAGAUUGUCACUCUACUGGAUGACCACCCCUUGUUCCGCAAAUCGGAUGAAGAAGCCGUGGAGGAGCUCUCGGGCAUGACCUUCGAACUGGGACUGACAGAACGACAGCGUCUCGAGCGGGAAGGGGUGGUGCUGCCGUAUUUCGAAGCUCAGAAAGCGGGCGGCGGUGCCGGCGACGGUGGGCGGAUCUUGUACGAUAUGGGUGUUGAGGAUGAUUUUGACGAGGAAGAAGAUGAAAUCUAAGUCGGCGUGCUAGCUGCCGUGGAACAGGCCACCCCAAGAUCGCGCCGACAAUAGUCUUCUGGGAGCUGGUCCCAGUGGGAUGUCGUAUGCUCGUGUUCAUGCAAACCACCCUAAGUUGGUCAGGACGCCCUGAUCACCAAAACCUCCAGAUGAUGAAAAGAAGGAUGAUCAGGCCAAGACCAGCAAAAGGCCCGUACUGGGUGUGGAAGUCAGCACCGACAAUUCUUCAACUGGAGCCCGUCCAACAAACCUGUUUCAACAUCAACUCCCAAUUGAUCCG